AAUUACUUGUUUUCUUCUUCUGGAGUAUAUCAACUUAUCUUCAGGAAGACAUCCAUUUCUGCAACGAUGAAACGGGUUGAAGAAAUGCUGAACAACAAAGAAGCUGAGAUUUACAUCCACGGUCUUGGUUCAUCAUUAAAUCGAGCCAUGGUGCUUGCCAUAGAAGUGCAGAAGACGCUUACUGAUGCCAUUUCUCUUAAUUUGACAACCUCAACAGUAAACGUGACUGAUGACUUAUUCCCACUGAGCGACGAGUUUGAGAUGGGUAUUCGCAAUCGACCAUUAUCUGCUAUUCAUAUUCACAUACGUCGUGUGCAGCUUUAA